UGAUGUGAUGAGCCACCACAAAUAAGUCAAUGUGGGAAACACUGAAUAGUUGUCCAAAGCCCUGAGCUCUUUGGCGUUUGGUCAUAGCUAAAAUGUUCUAUGGACAUACUUUCAAAAUUUAUUAUGAUAAGUCCCCGAUAUCAAUGUGCUAUGAAAACUGUAUAUCGCGCGCGUGUGUGUGAAUAUUGUACAAACAUUUUAUCAUACGACAGUCUGACAGUAGGCUACUUUCUUCAAGACAAAGUGGAUGUAAUAAUCUAAUCACACCAUCAGACGGGUGGGUACGAAGCUUUCAAGCGCUGAAAACGAGAGGAUGUCUCAAGCCGGGUGUCAUAAUCUUGGGUUCAUAGCCUACACCAGACAGAGAGAACGACCAAGAGUAAGAUACCGCUCGCCAUGAAUUCAAUUCUCUGUUUUUCCACGUUAAUUUUCACCAUCAAUAUCAGACAUGUUGUGGCUGAUCCGAGUGAUUUUGUGUUUGCUGUUACCGGGUCCACUGUUUCCAUCUACAGCCAGCUACAGACCUCAGCACACAAUCCGGUUAUUAUCUGGUACCACGAGAGCCCUGUGGGAGACAUUGAUAUGCUCUGUCUUUUCACCCAGUCUUCACUGAGUUUUGAGCGUGGCCGAGGAACACUUCCAGACGCUUCGGGUAAAACUUCACUGACUCUCUGGAACUCCACAAUGUCAGACGCAGGACGUUACUUCGCCACCCUGCAUAUCAAUAGGAAGAGGACGCACGUUAGCGGCUCCGCGCAGUAUUUGGUUGUAACAGACCCUUCUGGCCCGGCCAUGCGUUUGUACCGCGGGGCUGAUGACCUUGGCUCUCCCUUGUUUUUCUGUGAGGUGACCGGGGCAGGUGCGAACUGGAGCGAUCCGUAUUGGCAAAUCAAGGCAAACGGAUCAGUGAGCACGCUGGACGGUAUGACAGCAAAACGGAUUGGCGCUGAUGGAGUCUUCACGCGAUGGUCCAUCAUCAGACUCAACUCUACACUUGCUGUGACAUGUCUGUGUCACCAAAAGAACGGGACACGCGUUCUCUUCAGCUCCAAUGAAGUAGACACGCGUAAUGGGGCAACUGCGUGUGACUGGCUGGUUUUCCUCAGUCCUCCGUGUCUUCUCCUGUUUCUGCUCACAAUGGCGGCAGCCAUCCUCUGGACACGGAGACUCCGCCGACUCAGAGCUGCAUGAUGCAAAGCAGAACAUUUGAAACCUGCGAUGUGUGGAACGCAACGUCUUUCAUUCCUUACAUUGUAUAACUAUCAGUUGAAAUACCCCUCUCCUUCCUUUGCCAGCAAAAAAAGACACAUAACCUACUGUUACUAAAGUGCAAAAGCUUGGGGCGGGGAUAUUUUGUAAAGAUGUAGGCUAGAAUGAAAUUUCCCUCACGGGAUCAAGAGAUGCAGAAUGUUACAUGUGAUGUAAAUCAUAAGGUUAGAUAAAUUGAAGAUAUUGUUGGAAAAAUAAUGUAUUAUUGGUGUUUUUUUACAUUGGAAUUGCUUUCAUUUCUGUUAAAAUAAAAUGUAUCAGGCCUGUAAAGGUGUUAUUUAACACAAUUAAAUGUGGCUGUGACAGUAGCCUA